AUGGCUAAUCCGGAAGAGAACUUAUUCGUUGAUACUAAUAAUGGAGAAGAAUCUGGUCAACCACAGAAUAACAAUGCUGCAUAUGAUACUCCGACUAAUUUCAAAGAAUUGUGCGAUCAUGAAAUAAUUUCACCGGAUGAUUCUAUAACGAAUAUCUCCGAGAUAAAUUAUGAAGACCAACUAUGUUUACCAACUACAGUCUCACCUUUGAACUGUCAAGAGAUUCCUCAGCUAUCAGAAUCAUUCAUACAAAAGUUGCUACUGUUCGAUGUUGAAGAGAAACAAGAACCGGUUCAAGUGACUCAAUACAUCUCAAAAAUACCCGAGAAUUCAACAGUAUUCACAUAUGAUCAAACUAUAAUUCCAAUUGAUGUCAGUCAACUUGAUAAAUGUGCAAAAAUCACCCAUGACGGAUACUUUGGCGAAGUUUAUUCAGUCAAUAUCAAAAAUCCAUGUGAAAUUCGUAUAGCAGUUAAACGCAUUCCAUUUCGAACAGAUGAAAACAGUCGUUUGUCGACAUAUGCUGAAUUAUCAACAAUGGAGAUGAUUAGUUCAGGUAAAACGCCAUACAUCAUCGAUUACUACUGCUCAAUGAUUGAUCUUAAUACGCGUGAACUUUGCAUAUGCAUGGAAUUAAUGGACACAUCAGUAAAAAAAUUUUAUCAAGCUAUGCAUCGAUUACCUGAACUUUCACCUGAUAAGAUCGAUCGUUUCGUACAACGUUGUGCAUAUAAUGUUGUAAGGGCACUUUACUAUUUAGAAAGUAAAAGUAUUGUUCAUCGAGAUGUCAAACCGGCAAACAUACUGAUAAACAAGAAUGGUAAAAUUAAACUAUGUGAUUUUGGUAUUUGUGGUAACUUAACUGAUAGACAAUUGGAUUUCGAUGCAGUUGUAGGUACUGCCAUGUAUUUACCACCUGAACCAGAAAAAUGUGCCAUUCAAGGUGAUAUGUGGGCAUUAGGUAUCAGUUUAAUCGAAAUUAUUGCUGGAAAACAUCCAUUUGCUGAUUAUCAAUCUUAUGGAAUAGCUUAUAAAAUUAAAGAAUGGGAGCCUACAGUUCCAACGACAGUUUCUGUCGAAACACAAGCGUUUAUUUUACAACUGUUGAGAAAAGAAGCUGGUGAACGACCUCGAUCUUAUAUGGAUAUUAUGAAUGAUUUAUUUAUUCGUUAUAUGACGGAAAUACCAUCCGAUGAUGAAAUAGAUUUUAUUCAACGUGUUAUCGAAGAAAACUCUUCUUUUUCUUCGAUUUCGGGCGGAUGA